UAUGAAAGCACUUUUAGAAGUUAUUUUAUCUUGCGGUGAACAGUCGGAAUUGUUGUCUCUUAUCAGGUGAACGGAAAAAUCAGCGAAUACUGCUAAAGGUGAUAUGAGCUUGGAAGAGUUUCAAAAACAGUGGCGAAAUGACAAGUUCCUGUUCAAUUGUGUUUUUUGAAAAUCCUGAGGGCGUAUAUAGCCCUGGACAAAUCCUAUCCGGAAGAGUGAAUCUAGUUACAAAAAAAGUGAAGGCUAUAAAAGCUGUUACAGUAACAAUCCAGGGAUAUGCCGAAGUCGAAUGGACAGGAGAGGAACCACAAUCUGGAGCUGAUGGGCACAGCGAUACUGAAACCAUUACCUUCUCAGCCCGGGAUAAUUAUUUCUCAACGCAAACAAAUCUUUUCACUUCAGAAGAUGGAAAUCGUUUCGACUUAAUGCCGGGAGAAUAUGAGUUCGAUUUCCAAAUCAAAUUACCGGAUCAGUUGCCUUCGUCGUUCUGUGGAAAACAUGGUGAAAUCCGCUAUGAAGUUGUGUGCACGAUAAACAGACCGUGGCGGUUUAAUAACGUCUUCAAACACCCUUUCACUAUUGUUUCAGCAGCCAACCUUAAUGUGAACCCAAUAUAUCAGCAACCAGUUGAUCGGUCGACCAUUAAGUACUUUUCGUUAAUAUGUUGCUGUGGAGACGGUGGGAAUAUAUUGCUAACAGGAUACAUUCCUCACAGCGGCUUUGCUCCUGGACAAUUCGUGCCAGUUAAAGCGUCGAUAAAGAAUUUAUCCAAAAUCGAAUAUCACGAAGUCAAGAUCAAACUGAUCCAAAUGACCGAGUUUCGAAGUUGCAAUCCCCGUCCGAAAAGUAACUAUGAAAAAAUCGUCGUAACGCUCAAACGAUUCGAUAUAGUGGACCAGUUACCAGAGCGUGAGCUGAAUUGCAAUCUGUCGAUCCCGCCACUUCCACCGUCUAGUUUUAGUACGUGCAAUAUUAUCGAAAUAUCAUAUCUUGUGGAGAUACAGCUGAAAACGAAAGGAAUACACACUAACAUGUUUGUUCGCUUGCCUAUAACUAUCGGUACCGUCCCAUUAUUCCUUGGAGCUGCUCCUGAAUACAGUAUUGUGACUAGUCAACCAUUGUCCUUGCAAAGAGGUGUCAAUGGUAAUCAAUUUGAUGGUUUGCUUCUUACAGCACCACCGUCAUACGAAGAAGCAAUGAAAUAUGGUCCACAGUACAUUCGCAAAACAGACGAAACCGAACGUGUUACCCAGACGGAAUUCACCCCAAAAUAUCCAGUAUAUCAUUACUCAUCAGAGAAUAGUUAAUAAGACACUCGAUAUUUUGAGAAGAACGUAAUUAGUUAAAAAUCUUAUUGUGAUAUAUCCGAAUCGUUUAUUGUUGAAAGAAAAUAUAUUGAUUUUUUGUAAACUAA